AAGUUUUCUGGCUGUUCGCCAAUUACUGAUUAUGAUUUGAAAGGAAAGCUCGGCGAAGGAACUUUUGGUGAGGUUCACAAAGCGAGAUAUAAAGUUACAGGUCAACUUGUUGCUCUCAAGAGAAUUCUGAUGCACAAUGAAAAAGACGGUGUUCCUAUUACAGCCAUGAGAGAGAUCAAGAUUUUGAAGCAAUUACGACACAAGAAUAUUGUUCCAUUAUCUGAUAUUGCUGUUGAGACUGGUGACUCUGCAAGGAAAGAGCAGGGUAGUAUCUAUAUGGUAUUCCCGUACAUGGAUCACGAUCUUGCUGGUCUACUCGAUAAUCCUUCCGUACGACUCAGCCGUCCUCAGAUAAAAACAUACAUGAAGCAAUUGCUGGAAGGCACUGCCUACCUUCACUUUAAUAAGGUCCUUCAUCGUGAUAUGAAAGCCGCAAAUCUUCUCAUCAAUAACGAUGGAAUUCUACAAAUUGCAGAUUUUGGUCUAGCACGCGGGGUUGAAGACGAUGGCCGUGAAUAUACACAAUGUGUUGUCACUCGAUGGUAUCGUCCUCCAGAGCUUCUGUUAGGCGAACGAAGAUACACGAGUGCAAUCGAUAUGUGGGGUGUAGGGUGCGUGUUUGGAGAACUUAUAAAAUUACGGCCAAUCUUACAAGGUCAAGAUGACAUGGAGCAGUUAAAGCGCAUUUUUCACCUAUGUGGAUCGCCAACACAGGAAACCAUGCCAGGGUGGAAUAAACUUCCUGACGCUGGGAAAGUGCGAUUUGAUGUCACAAAAAGGCGUGUCGUCGAAGAGUUUUCGCGUCCUGAUCCACUAGCAGCCGAUCUGAUCGAUAAGCUUCUUAUUCUGGAUCCAGCAAAACGUCUCACUGCCUUGGAAGCAUUAAACCAUGAUUAUUUCUACAGUGAACCAUUGCCAGCAGACCCGGCUCUUUUGCCAAAAUAUGAAGCAUCACACGAAUUCGAUCGACGCAAAAUAAAGCAAGAAAAA